CUCACACAACAAAUUAUAAGACAAAAAACUAAAAAACACGUUCUUCACAAAACUCAUUUCUCUUCUCCUACCUCCAAAAAAUGGAUAGUGAAUUAGCUAAGAAAGUCACGACGAUGUUUGAUCACCGGCGGUUAAACCGAUCCGGAUCAUCAUCACUCUUCACAGCCUUUGCUGCUUCAGUAAUAGCUCUGAUCGUUUUCACGGUCGUUAUCGUAUCUAACUUACCGGUGAGAGAGAUCUCUGAGGUGGUGAAGAUAGAGAUCAAAACAGUUGUUCCAUACUUACCUCUAAGAUCAGAGAAAGAGCUACACGUUGUCAACAGUAUCACAGUCAAGAAGAAUAACAAUCUCGAGAUUCUCGAGACUUUCGGAGGCAAAGGCGUGUCGGAGAAGUUUCAGCAAAGAGCAACAGAGUUUUUGAGAGAUGAUUGUGAAGUUAACUUCAUGAUGACGUGGAUCUCCCCUGCUGAGAUGUUUGGUAAGAGAGAGGUUUUGUCUGUAGAAAGCGUUUUUAAAUCUCAUCCUAAAGGUUGUUUAAUCAUUUUAUCAUCUACGAUGGAUUCUCCUCGAGGUUUUAGAGUCUUGAAACCGUUUCUUGAUCGUGGUUACAAAGUUAUAGCUAUAACUCCUGAUCUACCUUUUCUGGUCAAAGACACGGCGGGAGAGUCAUGGCUUGAGGAGAUUCAGACAGGGAAGAGAGAUCCUGGGAAAAUCUCUUUAGCUCAGAAUCUCUCAAACCUAAUGAGACUCGCGUACUUGUUCAAGUUCGGUGGUGUUUAUCUAGACACAGACAUGAUAGUGCUGAAGAGUUUUAAAGGUUUAAGGAACGUGAUCGGUGCGCAGACUCUUGAACCGGUUUCAAGAAACUGGACGAGGUUGAACAACGCGGUUUUGGUUUUCGAUAAGAAUCAUCCUCUCUUGAGGAAAUGUAUUGAAGAGUUUGCGUUGACUUUCAACGGGAAUGUUUGGGGGCAUAACGGACCGUAUCUUGUUUCUAGAGUGGCUAGAGCUGUUGAAGGAAGUGAUGGUUAUAACUUCACUGUUAUGACGCCUCCUGCUUUUUAUUCGGUUAAUUGGAUUGAGAUUGGGAAGCUUUUCAAGGUUCCAAGAACAGAGAAGGAUAUGAAGAGAGUUGAAGUUAAGGUUCUUGAGAUGCAGAGGAGAAGCUACGGGUUGCAUUUGUGGAAUAAGUUUAGUAGCAAAUUUGAAAUUGAGGAAGGUAGUGCCAUGGAUAAAAUUGUUUCAGAUCAUUGUGUGAUCUGUGAGAGAAUCUCUGUAUCAUAGUACUUUGUUUCAUUUUGUAAGUUAAUUACACCAUUGUAGAAUAGCUUUUAGACUGUAAUUAAUAAUGAAAAACUCAUUAAUUAUAUUUUUUCCGAAUGAAAGAAACUUCG